AAUUUUUCAUGAUCAUGAAAUUAGUGGGGAUUAAGGUAGAUGUAGUUUUAUAUCUGGCCUUUUCCCUAACAAAAUAAAAUAUGAGCGUGUCAUUAAAUAGUCCUUAAAAAUGUUUUUUAAAGAUGGUAUUACCUUCCAUUUCAUAGAUUGUUUCUGGGGUUUUUCCCCUCACACUACAAAAAUACAAGGAUACACACUCUGGCACAUAAAUCUUUGUCUUCAUUCCUGAUUGUUUUCUUAAGAUGAAUUUUGGAAAGUAAAAGAAGUGGAUUAUAUGGUAUGAACAUUUCUUAAUGUACAAUUUAAAAAACAUAUACCUUUGAAGAUUAAGGGCAGUUUUUUGUAUAUGAGCAGAUGGGAAGCUGUACUGCUCUAGCUAACAUCUUUCCUCUGAGCUGCUUCUACCUGUAGUAACUAUGGUUACUCAAUUUCUUGAAAAAGGGAGAAAUGAAAACCUUAGGAAUUCUCUGGAGAAGAUGCAAGUAAUAGGAUUUACUAAAUUAAGGGGCUUGGUUAUUGAAAUUCAGUCUAAACAUUAUAAUACCGAUCCCACAUGAUAAUACUUUUUUCAUUUGAUUAAAAAUUUUAAUAAACUUUUCUUUGUAACCUGUAGGAAAAACAAUCCUAUUAUACGUAGAAUUAUUUUUUUCAUUACAUUUAUUAUAACACGCAGUUGUGGGGACUAUGUCAAUGUUCAGAUCGAUAUACCUUCCACUUUCUUUGCUGUUAAAUGAAGAAUUCUGUGUAACAAAUGGGCAUUUAGCAGUUUUUCCCUCACAGUUCAUGACCUUUUGGUGAAAUAUUUGAUAUUAGCUGUAUUUGGUUGAACAAUGCUAAAUAUCUCUUAACACAUUUGUUUUAAAAGGUCUUGGUUAUCUUUUGGGAUUUUAGUCACUGGAAUUUUUUCUUUGAUAGUAGUAUAAAAUUAUAGGAUGUCAGUUCCAGAAGUAGAGAUUCAAAUCCUAGAGGCUAGUACUUGGAGAGAAUUAUUAAUUAGUACUGCCCCAUAUUAGAACAAUUUAGUUUUGGUUUAGUUGAGCAGUGUUUCUCAGAAUUUGCCCUAGCUGUCUUUUGAAAGUUUUGUUACUUGUCACGUUCAACAACACAAACAAGUGCAUGUUUGAAAUAAAAAAAAUUUAAAAAAUAAAUGCAUACAUAAGCCUUAAAAUAUCAGUGUGUUAUAUUUUUGAAAAUUUAAAAUUAUGUGGUGUUUUUGUAGAGUUAUAUAACAAAGGAAAAUUACUGAACCAUAAUGUUAUUUUGAAGCUGUCAUAAAGAUAGAUGCAAUAGAUGAUGUUGAGUUCUUCUUUAACUUGAUUUUGUAAAUGAAAUAAUUUAGAAUGCACUAGGUGAGCUUGUUAUUUAAAUGAGAUCUGAGAAGUCUGUUCCUUUUAAUAGUGCAGUGCUCUCAUAGAAUAGCCAUUUAUGAGUAAGUUUUAUAUGUAAGUGGGUUUUAUACGUAGAAAGGGACUGGCUAAACUACUAUAUUUUCUAUGUACUUAAGUUAAUAGGGUCUAGCAAAAAGCAUAAGAAUGGAGAUGAGCAGAAUUUAUGUUCCAUUUAUAGAUUUGCUACUAGGAUGAUCUUUAUAUCUUAAUCUUCAUGCCUCAAUUUCAUUCUCUCAAACAGAUGACAAUACCUACCCUUAUCUUCAUGCCUCAGUUUCAUGCUCUCUCAAAUAGAUGACAAUACCUACUUACCAUAAGUUAUUUUGAAAUUUAGGUAAUACUGCAGAUGUAAAAGUAUUUUGCAAAAAGUUUAAUAUCUUAAGAAUAAGAGGUUUUAGUUUUUAUUUUCAGCAAAUUCAUGUGUUUAAUUCUGUGUUUAUAGAGCUGUACCUGCUGGGAUUAUAGGAUUAAUAUUUGAAAUUCAUCCUUGUUCAUUUCAUUUCCUGUCUAGCCUUGACCUUUUCAGUUCACAACCAGUCAGUCUUUUUUCCUUUCUUACUGUUUCUUCCCUCCUAGAAGUAUCAUUAUUAUCUCCUAGUAUUUAACAGAUUCAGGUAGAAAAUAGCAUUGGUGUUAUCUGGCUACAUGUAAUAAUUUAGGGGCAUAUACUAUAAAUACCCAAGUUAUAGCACAAAACAUUUUGCAAACAACUGAAUUGUUAUUGUGGCAUUUAUACUUGGUCAUUCACUUAAACAACAUAUAACCACUAAAGUACACUUUGUCUUCAUUUCAGGUUACUUAUUGACUGUCAUUACAUUACUACACCUUUGGAAAUUAUAUUAGAGGAAAUAGGUAACUUACUGAAUGAGCUCACCUAAGAGCCAUGGAUCUGGUAUAAUUUUUGAGGUUAAAAAGAAAAAGUAGCACUUUGGAAUCUAAGACUGUGGCUUCAUAGAAUUGUUCUUGGAGGUUUUAACAUGCCUUUAUUUUAAUUAAUUUCAUAUUUUGAUCUUAUUUUGUUUUAGGGCUGCCUUUUAAAGAUACAACUGGAUUUGGUUUAUUCAAUUUGAGAAUAUCUUUUAACAGCUCCCAGGGGGUAUUUCUGAGUGGUAGAGGUUACAAGUACUCCACUGAACAACCAAGUUCUAAGUCCUGUCAUCAAAUGCUAUGCUCCUGUUCCAAAUGGUAACAGAUGUGUAAUAUUUGUUUUAUUUAAAAGAAAUGAGUGUAACUAGUAUUGCAUUAAGAGUUGAAACCUGGCUUUUAGCUACAUGGCAUGUUAAAGUACCUCUAGUGUGGCUGGAAGCUUGUAUUAACUGGAUCCAAGAAGAAAAUGAUAAUGUUCAUUUGAGUCAGGCACAAAUGAAUAAACAAGUUUUUGAGCAAUGGCUCCUUACUGAUCUGAAAGAUUUGGAGCAUCCUCUCCUACCUGAUGACAUUUUAGAAGUUCCAAAAGGAGAACUGAAUGGGUUUUUUGCUCUGCAGAUUAAUUCAUUGGUUGAUGUAAGUCAGCCUGCAUAUUCCCAGAUGCAAAAGUUAAGAGGAAAAAAUACUAUGAAUGAGCUAAUUACAGCUGAAACACAAGUAACCCAAAAGCCUUGGGAAGCCAAGCCUUCACGAAUGUUGAUGCUACAGCUAACUGACGGAAUUGUACAAGUGCAGGGAAUGGAAUAUCAGCCUAUUCCAGCUCUUCAUAGUCACCUUCCUCCAGGUACAAAAAUUUUAAUUUAUGGAAUAAUUUCUUUCCGUCUUGGUGUUCUCUUAUUGAAACCAGAAAAUGUGAAGGUGUUGGGAGGAGAAGUAGAUGCUCUUUUAGAGGAAUAUGCCCAAGAAAAAGUACUUGGAAGAUUAAUUGGGGAACUUGAUCCCAUAGUUUCAGUCAUACCAAGUAAUUCUAACCAAAACAUCCCCAGAAAUACAGAUGAUCUAGAGCUUGUGUUAGGACCUUCUGAUGAAGAACUCUUGGCAAGUCUUGAUGAAAAUGAUGAGCUUGCAGCAAAUAAUGACACCUCAUUGGAAAGAAGAUGUUUCAGCACGGGUAGUUCCUUAAAUAAUAUUCCCACAAGAGAGUCAAGCUUUGAAACAGGACUUGUUAUUUCUCCAAGACCAAAGGAGAAACCACCAAAUCAAUCUGUGCAUUUCACUGAUGGGGAACUAGAUGACUUUUCAUUGGAGGAGGCCUUGCUUUUAGAAGAAGCUGUCCAGAAAGAACAAAUGGAGACUAAAGAAUGGGAGCCAUUGACUUUGAACAGAAUCACAGAUGAAAAUAUAGCGAGAUCUUCACAGAAGCCUAAUACUCUAAAUAAUUUUUCUUUGAUUCACAAAAAUGGAAAUAAUUAUAAUGAAAAAAAAUUAUGUGAACAAAUGACUAAUGAAGACAAAUCCUUUAGUUGUCUAUCUGCUAGAGACCACAACAGUAGUGUUUUUUCAGUUCAUCAUAAUGUACCCUUACCCCACGGUUUUUCAAAUAAAGAUAAGAACUUAGAGGCAGAUAAUAAAGUGAAACAAACCAUCAGUUCAGAUAUACAUUCCUUAAAUAAUAAAGUACUAAAUGGAGAACUGGUCAGUUAUUUACCCAAAAGGACUUCACAAAUUUCUAAUGAAAAUGAUCACCAUUUGCAGGAUUGUUCUUUAAGAUCAUCAGAGAAUAGCACUAAUCUUUCUGUCAUCAUGGAUUUGUAUUCUCCACCCUUUAUCUAUUUGUCUGUUCUAAUGGCCACCAAACCAAAGGAAGUUUUAACAGUGAAAGUCAAAGCCUUUAUUGUAACCUUGACUGGAAAUCUCUCAAGUUCUGGUGGCAUUUGGAGUAUAACAGCAAAGAUUUCUGAUGGAACUACAUAUCUAGAUGUAGACUUUGUAGAUGAAAUACUUACUAGUCUGAUAGGGUUUUCAGUACCAGAAAUGAAAAAGUUAAAAAAGGAUCCUCUUCAAUACCAGAAGUUCCUGGAAGGUUUGCAGAAAUGUCAGCGAGAUCUAAUAGAUUUGUGCUGUCUAAUGACCAUUUCAUUUAAUCCCUCCUUGUCUAAAGCAGUGGUGCUGGCAUUAGAAGAUGUUAAUGUGGAACACCUUGAGAGCCUAAAGAAGCGAUUGAAUAAAUAAUUUACUAAAAUGAUAUUGGAAAACAAUGAAAUAUUUAGAAUUAUAUUUGUCCUUUUAUUUUUGAAACUCUUUGUAAAAGGGAAAAAGGGAGUUGUAUAGCCUAUUCCAAUUUAAAAGUGUUUAAUCAUGUUUGCGUGUUUGUUUUUUAAAUAAUUUUUUUUAUUAGAUGAAGGAACUUGAUGACUCACUGUUACUGAGAAAUUUGUUUUCCACUUACUCCAUAUAAGAUGAUUACUAAGGUAUUGUAUUGUUUACUGAUGUGUCAUAUUGAAAGAUGACUAUUUUAAAUAGGUAGUUGUAGUUCUAAUAUGUUGACUACUCAAAAGAUUUGUUUAUUAUUAUACUUAGGAAAACAUAAACUAGUAAAUCAGUAUGUCAGGCUUUCGGAUGUAAAUUGUUUUGCUGGUUUUUAUUUGCUGAUUUUAAAGGUUUGAUAUAUUUAAAUCAAAUAUGAUAACAAGAUACCAUUUCAGAGAAUAUAUUUCAAGGUUAAAAAACCUUAUUUUCAAUAAUUACUUUAACUGACAUUGAAAAUUUCAUUAUUAACGUCUAGUAUUUCAUUUUUUUUGGAUUAAAAUAAGGUAUUAUCCCCUUUCUCAAUUAGCUCUAUAUGUAAGCCUCUCUCAUUUUGUUUUGUUUUGUUUUGUUUUUGGAAGUGCUGACUUUUUUUUAAGGGAGAUUGUUUACCACUUUUCCAUUUUA